AUGAAAGAGGCCCGCACAGUCAGCAGGGGGAGAAAGGGGUACAAGGCGCUCACAGUGACCCAGGAAGUUCUUGCCUUCUCUGUGCCCCCUCAGGACCGGGAGCUGCGGCCAGAGGAGAUCGAAGAGCUGCAGGCUGCCUUCCAGGAGUUUGACCGAGACCGGGAUGGCUACAUCGGCUACCGGGAGCUGGGCGCCUGCAUGCGGACACUGGGCUACAUGCCCACGGAGAUGGAGCUCAUCGAGAUUUCACAGCGAGUCAGCGGCGGGAAGGUGGACUUUGGAGACUUCGUGGAGCUGAUGGGCCCCAAGCUGCUGGCAGAGACAGCGGACAUGAUUGGUGUCAGGGAGCUGCGGGACGCCUUUCGGGAGUUCGAUGCCAAUGGGGAUGGCUGCAUCAGCUUAGGGGAGCUCCGGGCAGGCCUCAAGGCCCUGCUGGGGGAGCGCCUCAGCCAGCGAGAGGUGGAUGAGAUCCUCCAUGACAUUGACCUCAAUGGGGACGGCCUGGUCGACUUUGAAGAGUUUGUGCGAAUGAUGUCUCGCUGAGCCCGCACAGAUGCCGGAGGCAGCCCAGGACUCGGAACCACAACCACUGCCCGCCCGUGUGCUCCUGGAAUCCCGCCGCCUCCGGCUGGCAGCCUCCGCCCCGGUGGGCUCUGCCCUCACCCCACUCCUGCUCCUCCACCAAGCCCCCUUGCCCAGAUCUGUCUCUCUCAUAAUAAAGGAUCGCUGAGCCCAGGUGGACAGCUUUC